AAGUCUGACUGGGUGGUUUCACAGGGAGCAGAGGCAUUUGAGUCAGGGCACACAUGCUUCAGCUGUGAGAGGCCCAACUCCCCUUGGCUGGCUGGCAUCCCAGAGCAGAGAGAGACAGAGAGGGCUGAGAGCGAGAGAGCAAGGGCGAAGAGAAAUUUAAAGUGUGAAGCUGAGUAGGAAGAAGCUAACAAAGUGGUCGAGAAAGUUGUUUGAAAGGAAGGAGAACGUAUUAGGACUGAGUCUGUGCAGCGGGGCUCCUGUAGAUAGUUUCCAGUAGUGUAUUUUUAACCGUAGUGAGCGUUUGUAUUCAGAGUUGACAGCGAUGGCGGACGCAGGUGUCAAGAAGGAGCACGCAGCCCUCGCAGAAGUGUCUUACGAUGAUGACGAGGUCGCUCUGGUGGGUGCCGCCACAGAGCCGGCAGUGGAUGACGAGGACCCCGCCGAGGAGGUGGACCUGGUGCUGGCCACCGGCUCUGGAGACAAGAGUGAAGCUCAGAUGAACGGCGUCAUGGUCCUGUCUCUGCUGGACAAGAUCAUCGGGGUGGUGGACAAGAUCCAGCAGACCCAGAACGGGCUGGAGGCCCGGCAGGAGGCCAUGGAGAAGUCAGUGUCGACCAUCCAAGGGGAGCUGGCUAAGCUGUCCAAGAACCACGUCGGCACGACCAACACCGUCAACAAAAUGCUGGAAAAGGUGCGCAAGGUCAGCGUCAACGUCAAGACGGUGCGCAGCAACCUGGAGAAGCAGGCGGGUCAGAUCAAGAAGCUGGAGAGCAACGAGAACGAGCUGCUCAAGAGACGCAACUUCAAAGUCCUCAUCUACCAGGACCAAGUGAAGCCACCAAAGGCAUCCAAAACCAAGACAGGAGAGACAGUAGUUGAAGGUAAAGUAGUGGAGGGCCUUGAGCAAAUACCAGAGGAGGAACAAGAGGGAUGUCCAGCCAGUCUCAACUCAGAUGAAGAGGUGGAGAUUGAGGAGAUUAUCGAAGAGUCUCGUACAAAACGCCUCCAGCGCACCACCAAACAGCAGGUGGACAACAUAAAGAAAGCCUUCUCCAAAGAGAAAAUGGAGAAGACCAAACUAAAGACCAAGGAAAACCUGGAGAAGACCAAGCAGAGAACCCGUGAGAACCUGGAGAAGACAAGACAGAGAACCCGUGACAACCUGGAGAAAACCAAGCACAGCCUCGAGAAGAAGAUUGGCAAGCUCGGGACCCGCAUGACCCCCAACCAGGAGCGCAGGGCGAAGAUGAAGACCUCCAAAGAGAAGGUUAAGAAGUCCCUCACCCCUGACCACACGGUCUAUGCUCGCUCCAAGACCACUGUGUACCGUGUACCCCCCUUUACCUUCCAUGUUAAGAAGAUUCGAGAAGGAGAGGAGGAGGUGAUGCAGAACACAGAGAUGGUGGAGGUGUCCGAGGCAGAGGUUCAGCCAGGCGGAGAGGAGAACGGGCUGGGUUUGCACGUGGAGGUGGAGGAAGAUGAGCUGGUGAGUGUAGACAGCCCAGAGAUGGAGACUCUGUUGGCAGUGACUGAAGACUCUCAGCUGGUCAGUGUGGAGCCAGACCACCUAAAAAUGGCCCAACGUGAAUAAAGCCUCUUAGCUUCACAGGGCUGUGAUGGAAAAGAUACAAGGAUGAUGAAGGAAGCAGUCGUGGUAGGUGGAAGAGUCUAAUCACAAGGACACAGUAAUGGUCCUGGGGACUUUUUCGAUGUGAUCACAAUCUAUGACAACUUACUUUUUUUCUUUUCUCUUUGUAUUUUACCCAGAAGGUGAUAACUUUUUGCUCAUAUUUAGCAAACAAAUAUGACAAAAUAUGAAAUCUCCUACAGGCUGACUGGUCAUUCUAGACUUUUAAAUCCAGAGUAUUUGCUGUUUGUUUGAUUCAUUGUGUGGCUAUAAGAAAAAAACAUCUUUGCUAUGAAGACGUCAUGUUUAGCAUUUCCUAUGUAUCACGUGCACAUUCAUAUGUAUGGUAAAAGAAAGUUGCUGGCAAGAUGUGUUGUUGUAAUGAUAUAAUGGAUGGUUUAAGUAUAGAAUUGUGCAUGUGUGAAACAAAAAGUAGGCAAGUAGGCCUACAGAAUAAUACAGAACUGAGAGUGCUGGAGGAAAGGAGUUGAGUGUGACUGGACUUGAACUAAAGGGUUUACAAAAAGUAAAAAAAAAAAAUUUCCUGACAACUACUUUACAUUACAUUUUGCCAAAUCUUACGAUGUAAUGUUUGUCAGUAUAAAAGACUGAAGUGUAAAUGACUGAAAAUAGAUGUGUAAUGUCUAAAAAAAAUUAUUGGGAACAUUGAAACACUGACAAAUUCAACUAUCGGGAUGUUUAAACAUUUAGAAGACCACACUAAAUAGGGAAAGAUACUGGUUUUAAGACCUCACUUUUGGCCUUUCUGAAGACAGACAUUAAGUCAGUAUCCUUUUUGUACAUUUUCUGUGCUUUGAUGAAAAAGGUAGUGGCAAACAAUCACACAGUCCUUAAAGAACCUGCUAUUGAGUUUUAAGUUGUAUUAUGUUUUCGUGGGGGGGAGGGGGAUAUGUUGUGCUACUAUAUUUUUGUUUCCUGAUUUGGUCGCUCAUUAAAACAUUUCAGCUGUAAUGUAAUGAAAUACUUACAGUUCAUGAUAGUGAAAUCUAGAAUGUAACAUUUGUUGCUGUGUAUUUUAUCAAUGCAUGCUUGAAGUCAUGGUUUGAUCAUCACUUUACUGUUUUGAUGUACAUUUUCUGCAUCACAUAUGUUGGACAUAUUGUACUCGCUAAGUUUCACAUAGCACACUGCUGCACAGAGGAGAAUAAAAAUGACUGCGUCACCAUGGCCACAGCUCAUCAAAGUACUUUUGCACAUCCCUAUUAUAUUUCCCCAAAGUAAUUGCAGGCAGAAAAAGGAUGAUCUGAAAGGCAAGAUGACGGUUUAAUGACUGGCUAUGUAACAGGUGGAGAGGAAAAUGUCAUCCUAAUUGCGGUUGAACGGAGACAGCACACUGCCAGGUAUUAUGAAAGGAAUGGCACUUUGAUAAAUGUCAGAACGCCGCUACAGUAUUAUCCUGUCCAGAAACAUUUUUUCAGAGACCAGGUGCAAUCUUGUGGACCUCCACUGGAUUAUAAAAGGAGCACACCCCUUGACAAAAGCCAUCUGAUCAUAAAUCAUGACAUGAGGUUGUCAUUAUAAGGUAGGGAUGCAUGCAGGGUGAGAGGGCAGUAGUGCAAUUGAAAUUUUUCUGAAUAUGACAAGGCCAAUGUUUAAUCAUAGCUACAUUUGAUCAUGCAAGGCACAAGUCUCCAAGACAGGAACGAUGCGAAUGUGUGGCUUCCAUUUUCCUCCCUGGAGAGGAGGUGCGACCUUGAUGUGGCGCAGGCACACGGAGACCCACUGUGUAACAUGGAACACCAUUAAAAUAAUCAAUGGGCAGGGGAAAAUGCAAUUAAGCAGAGUGCUCUCUGUGAGCACUGAGCAGGGUAGGGAACAGUGAGAAAGACAGAGAACAAGGAUGCUUGUCUGUAUGUGUGUGUGUUUGCGAGUGUGUUGUAUGUGCAUACCAUUUACCCGAGCAUAAAAUGAAAGUGUCAUAGAAUUUUAAAAAAGAAAUCAGUUAUAGCCCUGUAAAAUCCUAUAGGCUUUGAAGUUUUGUAGCAUUAUGUUUUUAUUGACUUUUUUGACACAAAUAUUUAAAUUGUCUCACUAACACCUGUAAGAUAUUGAUCCCGUUGAUGAAAUGUGUGUUUUUGCCCUCAUGUAUAUUUUGCUUUAAGCUACUGGUUAUUAAAAUGUUAAACCAGACUGCUAUAAAUGUGAUUUAGAAUAUGCGCUGUCUGUAUAGACAGACAUAAAAGUAGCCACACUGCUGCAACAUAUAGUUGCUCUUGGUGUUACUGAUUCAUACUGAAGUAGUGCAGCUUGCCUGAUUCUGUUGUGUUUAAGGUUCGUUUUUGCCUAACCGUCUCAUUAUAAAUAAAGGCUUACUGAAUAAUACA